AUGGAUCUACACCGAGCCGCCUUUAAGAUGGAAAACUCUUCCUUCCUUCCCAACCCGCUGGCAUCUCCUGCACUGAUGGUAUUGGCCUCCACCGCUGAAGCCAGUCGUGAUGCCUCCAUACCCUGCCAGCAGUCGCGACCCUUUGGAGUGCCUGUAUCCGUGGAUAAAGAGGUGCACAUUCCUUUUACCAAUGGCUCCUACACCUUCACCUCAAUGUACCACAGACAAGGUGGCGUCCCCGGAGCCUUCUCCAACCGUGACUUUCCACCUUCCCUUCUCCACCUUCACCCACAGUUUGCCCCUCCAAACUUAGACUGUUCCCCAAUCAGCAUGCUGAAUCACAGUGGUGUGGGCGCCUUCCGACCUUUUACCUCCCCCGAGGAGCGUGAAAGCUAUCAGUCUGCAUUUACCCCAGCCAAACGCCUCAAGAGCUGCCAUGAUACGGAAUCCCCGCACCUGCGAUUCUCCGAUGCUGACGGAAAAGAGUAUGAAUUUGGGGCGCAGAUCCCAACAGGUUCCCCUGGGGGACUUAAGGUGGACGAUGCUGGGAAAAAACUGUUUGCUGUAUCCGGCCUGAUAUCCGACAGAGAGACAUCGUCAAGCCCAGAGGACAGAAACGAGAGGUGUAAAAAGAAAGUCGCCCUGUUUGACAGCCAGGCCCCGAUCUGCCCCAUCUGCCAGGUCCUGCUGCGUCCCGGGGAACUGCAAGAACAUAUGGAGCAAGAAAUGGAGAAAAUAACACAAGUCAAUAUCAGUAAGAACUCCGCACACAAAGACGCCAUGACACCGGGUACGCCAAAGUCUGUGUUGUUAUCAGCUUCAAUCAAGAGAGAAGGGGAAUCGCCCACGGCUUCACCUCACUCCACCGACGAGAUUCACCACUCGGACAGAUACCAGACGUUCCUGAGAGUGAGAGCCAACAGGCAGACCCGGCUGAAUGCCCGGAUUGGAAAGAUGAAACGACGAAAGCAAGAUGAGGGACAGGUAUGUCCGCUCUGCAGUCGGCCAUUGUCUGGAUCCGAGGAGGAGAUGAGUAGACAUGUGGAACUGUGUCUGGCUAAGCGCGAGACCUGCAUGAAUGAAGACGACUCUGUAGACAUUGAGAAUGAGAACGGCCAUCGGUUUGAGGAGUAUGAGUGGUGCGGACAGAAGAGGAUUCGGGCCACUACUCUCUUAGAAGGGGGAUUCCGUGGAACUGGAUUUAUAAUGUGUAGUGGCAAAGAAACGCACGACAGCGACGCUGAUCUGGACGUUGACGGGGAUGACACCCUGGAAUAUGGAAAAGCACAGUACACAGAGGCCGACGUCAUCCCAUGUACUGGAGAAGAACCGGGAGAAGCCAAGGAAAGAGAGGCGCUCCGGGGUGCAGUACUAAACGGUGGAACACCCAGCGCCAGAAUAACGACGGAGUUCUCCAAAUGGAGCAACGACGAAAUGCCGUCUACGAGUAACGGGGAGAGCAGUAAACAGGAAGCCAUGCAGAAGACGUGCAAGAACAGCGACAUUGAGAAGAUCACAGAACAAUCGGCAGUGACGACGUUUGAAGCGUUAAAGGCGCGUAUCCGGGAACUGGAAAGACAACUAUCCCGAGGGGACCGCUACAAAUGCCUCAUCUGCAUGGAUUCCUACACAAUGCCCCUGACGUCCAUUCAGUGUUGGCACGUGCACUGCGAGGAAUGCUGGCUGCGCACUCUGGGAGCCAAGAAGCUGUGCCCGCAAUGUAACACCAUAACAUCACCCGGGGACCUCAGGCGCGUCUACUUGUGAAAGGUAGAGGCACUGACCUUGCUCCAGCCUCGUUCAAGACUCACCCCGGUUGUCCUCGCGCCUCCGUUUUCCGGAGUCGGAGGCCUCACCUGGGUCUGUAAUGUGACCGAGGAAGAUUUGGAAGCUUAAGACAUUUUUAACUGUAGUGGAGCAAAUAAAACUGUAAAACAAAGAACAAGCCUUUGCUGGACUUCUGUGGCUUCCAGAUCUUCACCUCCAGUCAGCACUACCGGGGGAGACGCCAGAUCCCUGCCCCCGCAGCACUCUCCACGUUUUCUCUUCUCCCUGUACCUGCUGCUGAUUUUUAAUGUUAAUCUCUGAAUUUUCGAGGACUUGAUGCACCACAACUCCCAUCAUUCUUUUUAGUUUACAUUGUCCCUCCAACUGCACCGAAAACUGAUCAGUGACGCUGUCCGGGCGCAGGCUUGUACAGAUGACCCCCACCGCUCUCCCCUCACCUGCAGUUUGUGAUUUCUAUAUUUUUUUUGUGUGUGUGAGAAAAGCAGGGAAAAGAAGAAAACUGACAGAAAUGCGAAGCACAUGUAAUAUAAAUCCUAUGUUUACAACGUCACGUAUAAACUGAAGGGACUCCAUGAUACCCAGUGGGGGGGGAGGGGGGCGCGGGGAUUCCUUGGGGCAGGAGGAUUUUAUUUUUCCUGCCAGAAAUGGGUCUAAAAUGUGUAAAUGUAAUUUAUUUUAGGGUUUUUAUUAUUAUUUUUUUUUUUUAUUAACAUUUUUUGUUUGGAAAUCUAUUUGCCCAGCAAAUGCCGCGUACCUGUGCCGUUCCAGUGUGCAGGAUCAUGGGGGUGGCAGGACGCCAGCCGCCCCCUUCUUGGAGCUGGAUUAACCCCUCCCAGGCCGGUGCUGGGUCUAAUGACCAGCUGUGUGAUGCUGUAAUGGUCCAUGUGAUAGCAGUUGGGUUGAGCAUUGCUGGAGGCUCAGGCUCUGGACGCGUCGACUUUCGCUGUUACGUGCGGCUCGUGCCAGUAAUCGACUUAAUAUUUUCCUGCUGCUUCCUGUUCCAGAAAAGACGGAAAAAAAAAAAGUGUGUUCUUAGCACCAUUGGAGUCUAUGGAGGGUGACAUGUAUUGUGCCCAGGGGCUGCAGGUUCACAUCUGAGGUAUAAUGCUUCUCCAUUUACGUUUCCUGACACCCUAUCCCGCUGUAUUCCGCGUACUGGGAGCCGGAGCCUGGUAAUGAGACCUGUCACCCACAGCAACCUGGUACAAGGGUGAAAAUGGAUAUAUAAUCCCAGCCUGUGAUUGGUCCUCGGGGCGACACUUUGGAGCCUCCGGUUUUCAUACAGGCACUUCCGCAAACCUUGUGAAAAUACCGCGCACACUUCCGUGUUUUUGCAUUGUUUGUAUGGAAAUCGAUCGAGCUCCAGGGUUGUAGGACAUUGAGACCCCUUGUGCCCCCGGCUCAGGUUAGAGUAGUCACACGCGGUCUCCGUAUUUUCCGGGGUGUUAUAACCACGGCCCCCAACUCCCUGGUCCUUAUUUCCUACUUUUUGUGUCUGGCUCCUAUAGAUUUAUUCUGGAGCAUCAGCCUCUACUCCCGGGGCGGGCGCCCAGCUGAGCCACUGGCAGCUUGUGGGUGCAGUCAGCCGUGGCCGCACAUUUACAUUGACCCUUGUAACGCUGGAGGGAAUCAUCUGCAAUUCAAAGUGCUGGCUUCUAGCUGCCGGCGUGCCCUGGCGAGGGAACGGUUAACAGUAUGAAAUUGAUUCUAUUAGAUAUGUAUUGGAGACGGCAGGAAAUGAAUUAGGACGUUAACAUGGUGACCUGCUGGGUGGCAGUUUGACACGAGUUACUGACCCGGAUCCUUGGCAGCUGUCAUGGAGGAGGGGUAUGAGCUCCUUCAGAGCUGCAACUCCUCUCUGCCGGGGCGAGCCACACAUACGAAACCUCACUGAUUGUAUUACAGCUCCGGGGAAUCCUGCUGCGCAUCUGAACAUGUGCAUGUGGCGAUUUCAGGGGAGAGGAUGACUGUAGGACAGGAGAAUACGGUCCCCUGUUAUCAGCCAUUGGAGCUGUCUCCCAGUCAGCAGUCGGCGCCUGCACUCUGGGCGCGUUCUAUAUGUUCACCUCUAGGCACCAUAUUGUGUUCAUAUACAGAAUGUGUAAAAACUGGUGGAAAGAUGACAAUUCCCAGAAUAAUAAGCUCUGUGCAGACACUGCAGGGAGCUGCAGAACUGUGAGCGCAGCUCUGGAGGGUAAUGCAGGAUCUGUAACAUGGUGAUCAGAGGUCAGAACAUGUUGUGGCUGGAUCUCCCUGGAAUAUGUGCUGUGCAGGUUGAUGAGGGAGGCCCUAGAUCCGGAGGACACCAAGCACCGAGUGUCAUCCCUGAGGGGUCUAAGCUUCCAGCCUUCCACGUGUGCACCGCAGCGGAUAUUAUAGACUAACUGAAUAUAUUUCUUACCAUUAUGGCCCCUCCGUAACCUGGUGCCUGAGCCCACAGCAGUGGAAGGGGAUGGGUGUCACCUCUGGAAAUGAAACCAUACUGAGCCCCUGAUGUGCCUGCCGACCUGUAUGGUGGUCACAUGACCUCCGCCAAUGGUAGCAAUGCAGCCUAAUCCACAAAGGGUUAAUGGGACACUUUUUUUAUUUUUUUUGUGCCGCUCUGUUCCAGCUUUGGCCAUGGUGGUCGCGGAGGAUCCAGUGGGAUUUUCUAUUUAUUUUCUACCUUUUUUUUAUGGUCGGGGAGUUUGUGGAAAUUUUGAUGUUUUGUUGAAACAAAGAAGGAAAAAAAAAACAAGCUAAAUCUCAAAAUGAAAAAAAAAAGUUUCCCAAAGAGGCAGCGGAGGCCCCUGAGUCGUGUCCAUGACGUGUGUCCGUGUAUAUUAUAUCCCCGCA